AUGUCCAGGAUUGAAAACCUUCCGACUGAGUUGAUUCUCCUAAUCGCCUCGUUCUUGCGAUCCGAAUCAUCUCUUGCUGCUGUGGUUCUGUCAAACCGGCGUCUCUACGGAAUCUGCACCCGCCGCCUUUACCAAUACAAUGCGCUCCACGGCAACAGCUCUGUUUUAGAAUGGGCGGCGCAAAAUGGUAGUAUGGAUACACUGAAAAUGGCGCUAGAUGCUGGUGUCCCUCUACCUAAGGAACAGCCGAAGGGGGAGAGAAGGCACGGGGGCACAAUCUCCCAAUUUGGGCGUGAGGGCUCGCGCCUCUACAAAGCCUUCCAGCCGCAUCCCAUCUCGCUGGCAGUGCGCGCUGGUCAUGCAGAUAUUGUCCGAUACAUGAUUUGCCACGGUGUGACUUCCAAUAUGAGGGACCCGGAUGGAUUCUCGCUGCUGGCGCUGGCCGCCAUCCAUGGCGAUGUUUCUCUAGCAAGAUAUUUACUUGACGUUGGAUCCUGUCAAGGGAUUCGCAGCUUUGUAGGCCACCGGCCUGUGUGGCUGGCGGCAUUCCAAGGGCAUGUGGAUGUGGUUGACAUGCUUCUGUUGGCGCCGAAGCAAAAUGAGGAUGAGCCCGACAAAGAAGAACUGAUGAAAGAUGCCCUGAUCGCGGCGGUCCUGGGUGAGCAGGUCCAAGUGGUCCAGUUAUUAUUCACACAUGGAGUACAAGUAAAUGUCCUGGGUCAUUUGGGACAGAGUCCCCUUUUUAUCGCUGCGAGCAGAGGAAUGAGCGAUUUCGUGUCGCUACUUCUUGCCUACGGUGCGGAUCCAAAUUUGAUCGUGGACAGACGAAACGCGCGUGCGCCCUUGACAGUGGCAGUGAUGAAGGAUCACGAGGAAAUUGUCCGGAUGUUGGUCCGCCGAACUGUGAGUCAUCACCGUACCAGAGCGUUGGCCUAUGCGCUUUCAUCACCUGCCAAUAUACGACUUGCCAAAAUCUUACUUCAAAGUGGCGCACCCCCUCAGCUCUGUCCAUCCGAUAUAGCGGACGAUGAUGAGGAUUGGGUGCAGCCUCUUGUUUAUGCCGCGAGGGGGAACGAUUUAGAGGUCGUGGAAUUGCUCUUGGAGUAUGGGGCAGAUGCAAAUGUGCGGUGGUCCAAAGAAUCUCCUUACGAAAUUCACACACCUUUCAACCAUGCCCUGCUUUGGGCUGUGGAUGAAUCCAAGGAAGCGAUGGUGAAUUUGCUACUAAAAGGUGGGGCUGAUCCGGAUGUUACUGAUAUGGCAGGACAGCCUGUGCUCGCGUAUGCCGUUUACAGCCAGCAUGAGGGCAUACUUCGCUCCCUCCUGGAUCACGGGGCGAAUCCUUUCCGAGCAAUGGAUGAUUGUGGUAGGAAACUGUUGGGGUUUUGGCCAAUGAACCAAUCGUUCUCGGCGCAACUCCAAGAGGCAGAGGUGAAGUGGACUAAGCAGCAUCAGUGCUGA